UUUACGGUCCUUUUCUCUCCUCGCAUAGGGCCGACCCUAGACAGUUCAAACCAGCCCCAGUCGAACCGGCCCAUCUGCAUCGGAAGCAGUCCAUUCCGCCUCCGUCGAUAAAAUGGGACUCGGGGUGCUUGAAGAUACCGUGCUGACCAAUGUCCCUGGUACCUCGGACAUCCUAGAGAAAGAACAAUCAAUAGACCAAACGAUCGACUCGGCCCUCAACCCAAACCUCAAAUAUGAUCGAUCCGGCGCGGUUCCUGUACUUCUUAUUCCUCAACCGACCGAUGACCCCAAUGAUCCAUUGAAUUGGCCGCUAUGGAAGCGCGAUCUUAUAAUAUCAGCCCUGUCGAUUGUUGCAGUACUAUGCGCAACAACCAGUUCUCUCAUGGCUGCCAACACAGUGACCAUAUCCCUGUUUUACGGGAAGAGCUUCACGUCUACUGCACUCCUCACGGGGUAUCACCUCUGCGGAGUGGGCGUCGCGGGUAUCCUGAUUGUGCCGACGGCACGAGUCUGGGGAAAGCGUCACUUGUUCAUAAUUGGCAAUAUUUUGAUGAUAGUCAGUGCUGCGUGGGCCGGAGGAAGUGGAGAGAACUACGACAGUCUUCUAUGGUCUCGCAUCUUCCAGGGUGUCGCCUUGGCCCCUUUCGAAGCGUUAGUCAACGCAUGCGUUGGUGAUCUCUUCUUUGUCCACGAACGCGGGAAGAGAAUGGCGCUGUCAAACGUUGCCCUAUUCGGCGCUGCUUUCCUCACUCCAGUUCUUGCGGGCAAGAUCACCCACAGCCUUGGCUGGGAGUGGACCUUUUACCUGGUGGCUAUUUUCAGCGCAGCGUGCCUACCUCUUACCAUAUUUCUAGUCCCAGAAACUGCCUUCCGGCGGCCGGACUGUUUGGAUACCGACCGUAACAGUACUCAGCAUGAACAGGAUGGGACGGCAAUAAGUGCGCAGCCCAAAAACAAUGAGGACGGACCAAGUCAGGGCCGUCAUCUAGAAACGGAGGCCGAAAAGACUUCCACGGCCCGAGAGGGAACCCGAGAACAGCCAUCGAUCAUCUCAGAAGAGGACGCAUCUGCCGCAAAUAACGAGCGCAAUCAGACAACUAGAGCCUCAGAAAGGGUUUCUUACCUGCAAACCCUAAAGCCUUUCAAUGGCCGCAAGACGGACGAAAACUUCUUCAAGCUGCUUUUGAGGCCGUUUCCCCUGUUCUUCCAUCCCGCAGUCCUCUGGGCAUGCUUGAUCCAAGGCGUUAUCAUCGGAUGGACCGUCUUCAUAGGAGUCGUCUUGGCUGCCAUCUUUCUCGGGCCCCCUCUCUGGUUCGACGAGGUCAAGACUGGGUAUCUAUACACCGGUGCCUUCAUCGGUUCCAUCAUAGGCUUGUUUCUUUCAGGGCUGCUCUCCGACUCAUUAAACCGCGUCAUGAUCAAACUCAACAAGGGCCGAUAUGAGCCCGAGUUCCGGAUCCUGCUCGUGGUAUUCCAACUCGUCUUCUGCGGCGCGGGGUUAUACGGCUUCGGUAUUGUAUCCGAAGACGUUGCCAGAUAUGGCUGGCUUGUAGCGGAUGUCUUCUUCGCUCUUGUCGUGAUUGGCAUGGUCCUGGGAGCUGUAGCUAGUGCGCUGUACAUCGUAGAUGCCCACCGCGAAAUCACCAUCGAGUCGUUCACUUGCAUGCUCAUCUUCAAGAACAUGUUCAGCUUUGUUCUGACGUUCUUUGCCUACGACUGGCUGGUUUCUAACGGCGUUCGACCGGCGUUCUUGGCUAUUUCCAGUAUCCAGAUGGGGAUCUGUUUACUGAGUAUCCCUAUGUAUGUGUUCGGCAAGCGAAACCGAUCGUUCUUUGCCCGGCACGAUAUUUUGAAGCUUCUACACCUGUGGUGA